AGUCGCCACCGAGAGCCGCCACCUCCCGCGUCCCGUCUGCCGGCUCUCGUCGUUGCUCUCAGGGCUCCGUUCCUUCCUCACCUCGAAGACAGUAUGAAGGAGACCCGGGACCACGCGAGUUCCCCUUUCAACCACUCCUACCCCGGCAUCUGGGCGCCCGAGCGCUCCGCUGAGGCGCGGAGCAACCUAACGCGUCCCGCGGGGCCCGGCGAGGACUGCAGCUCGGUGUCCGUAGCCUUCCCGAUGACCAUGCUGAUCACUGGCUUCGUGGGCAACGCGUUGGCCAUGCUGCUCGUGUCGCAGAGCUACCGGCGCCGGGAGAGCAAGCGCAAGAAGUCGUUCCUGCUAUGCAUCGGCUGGCUGGCGCUCACCGACCUGGUCGGGCAGCUGCUCACCAGCCCGGUGGUCAUCGUCCUGUACCUGUCCCACCAGCGCUGGGAGCAGGUCGACCCGUCGGGGAGGCUGUGCACCUUCUUCGGACUGACCAUGACCGUCUUUGGACUCUCUUCGCUCUUCAUCGCCAGCACCAUGGCCGUCGAGCGGGCGCUGGCCACCCGGGCGCCGCACUGGUACUCGAGCCACAUGAAGACGAGCGCCACCCGCACCGUGCUGCUCGGCGUGUGGUUGGCGGUGCUCGCCUUCGCCCUUUUGCCGGUGCUGGGCGUGGGUCAGUACACCAUCCAGUGGCCCGGGACGUGGUGCUUCAUUAGCACCGGGGCAGGAGGCAAUGGGACUAGCCCUUCGCACAACUGGGGCAACAUUUUCUUCGCUUCCUCCUUUGCUUUCCUGGGGCUGUCAGCGCUGGCCGUCACCUUCGCCUGCAACUUGGCCACCAUUAAGGCCCUAGUGUCCCGCUGCCGGGCCAAGGCCACGGCGUCGCAGUCCAGUGCCCAGUGGGGCCGGAUCACGACCGAGACGGCUAUCCAGCUCAUGGGGAUCAUGUGCGUGCUGUCGGUCUGCUGGUCGCCGUUGCUGAUAAUGAUGUUGAAAAUGAUCUUCAAUCAUACAUCAGUUGAGCACUGCAAGACGUACACAGAAAAGCAGAAAGAGUGCAGCUUCUUCUUAAUAGCUGUUCGCCUGGCUUCACUGAACCAGAUCUUGGAUCCCUGGGUUUAUCUGCUGCUAAGAAAGAUCCUUCUUCAAAAGUUUUGCCAGCUUUUGAAAGGACACUCAUAUGGAACAGGCAUGGAGGAUGGGACAGAGAACAAAGAGAAAGAGGUGAAGGAAAACCUGUAUAUUUCUAACUUGUCAAGAUUCUUCAUUCUUUUAGGCCAUUUCACAGAAGCAAGGAGAGGAAGAGGCCACAUUUAUCUUUUCAUAAUUGACAAAGUGAUUUGUCAAUUAUGAAAAGUAGGACAGUAGGACAAAGCGAGGAGUGGCCAUUUUUCUUCUCUGUAAGAGUGAAUGUUAAAUUCACUCAAGUCAUCACUGACUGCUCAACUCUUUUUCUUCCCAAUCUUCCUGCAUAUAUAUGAAAUAUCUUACCUUCUCCCUCUUCUUUAACCAAACAAUUUUGUACAAAUAGCAUAAAGUUGAACAUUUCUUUAAGGAAACAAAUUAAAAAUAGGCACUGAUUAUUUUGAUCUGUUUACAACAAAUGAAUAUAUUAUUUUCAAAAUGUAUCUAAGUAAGAAUUGAAAUCAUUGGCACUUUAAU